GCAACAAGUGCUGUGUGCAGGCUGCAAGUUCUUCACUGCUGCUGCUCUGAACUGCACCCACAUCCAGGCAAGGGUGUGGCAAGAGAAAGCAGAGCAAGAGCUCCUGAGCUUUGGAUGAGGAAGAAACUUGGGAUCCUCAGUGCUUUUACAGCCAUCUCUAAGUGGUUUACAGAGUCAGCAUAUUGCCACCAACAAUUUGGGCCCUUAUUUUACCUACUUUGGAAGGAUGAAAGGAUAAAGCGGAACAAGGAGAUUUAAAAAAUCAACAAGCAGCAAGUGGCGAGAACCCGAUGGGAGUAACCAUGGAGUUCAUUAGAUUACUUUCCCAUCUUUCUGUGCUCUGGAAAAAGAGGCACUUGAAUUGAUUGCUGUGACACAUCUGACCCCAAAUCAACCCACCGAGAGUCUUGUGGGGCCUCUUAAUUCAAAGGAGCGUGGGGAAAAAAAGAACUGAUUUUCUUUGCCUUAGCAGCCAUGCAGGAUUCCCUAUUACUGAUUGGAUGACCAGCAUGUUUCUGGCAACUGAGACAUCUUGGCCUGUGCUGUUCCUUUGCUCUCAAACUCUCUUCUGCCUCUUCUUUUGCACCCCUUCUUGUUGCUGUACAUCCUGCCCUGAACAGUGUCAAUGUACCAAUUAUUCAGGAGCAACUGCUGUUCUGUGUAGUGCGAGCAACUUGGAGGAGAUUCCAACAGAUAUUCCCAAAGAUACCAUGUUUUUGAAGCUGGAUGCAAAUAAGAUUACUGCAGUUCCCAACAGCACUUUCAGGCACCUGGCCCACUUGCAAGAAAUAGAUCUCUCCAAGAAUGCCAUUGAGAAGAUUGAUUCAGCGGCAUUUAAGGGUGUGGCUGAUGGCCUGCGGUUGCUGGAUCUUUCUGGCAAUCACAUACAGAGAAUCCCAAAGGAAGCCCUGAUCAACUUGAAUGCCAUGAUUCGCUUAUCUAACAACCCUUGGCACUGUGAAUGUACUUUGCAGGAAGUCUUGUGGGAAGUGAAACUGGACCCUGAUUCAGUCAAUGAGAUCACCUGCCAAACAUCUGUGCAAGAGGAAUAUGCUGGAAAGCCUCUGCUACACAUCCUAGAUUCAGGCAUCAACUUUUGCAACAUGCAUCAGAAAACCACCGAUGUUGCCAUGUUUGUAACCAUGUUCAGCUGGUUUACCUUGGUCAUUAGCUAUGUGGUAUACUAUGUCCGGCAUAAUCAAGAGGAUACAAAGAAGCAUCUGGAAUACUUGAAGUCACUACCUAGCACAAGGGUUCCUAAAGAGACUAUUAGCACAAUUCUGUAACCUGGCAUGCUAACCUCCAGCUACACACAGCCUGUUUUCUAAAGAAGAAAAUGUUGGAUGAAAUAUAGAAGGUUUACUUCCUGCUGAUUCAGCCAGGACUUUUCUAGAUUUUUUUUAAAAAAAGCAAAAUGUUUCAUAAAAGGUUAAAAAAAAAUGUGUUGACAUUAUAAAUAUAGUAAAAAUGCCUAAAUUACAUUUCCCUGUUCUCUAAGCUAUUGUCACCAAUACUGGACCCAACAGGAAAAAAAAAACAUUUAGAAAGGUCUUCUUGGCAAAGAAUUUGAAUGGCACACAUGCUUUAGUUUGGCUCCCUAAAGUUCACAAUCAAGAUCUUAUUCCAAGAGAGAAAUCUAAAUCAAAUGGAGCAAUAUAAUCCUGACCAAUGUGCUCAUGGUGCCAAUGGAAUAUGUACACAGUUGACUUCUGCUUAUUUAAAAAGCCAACACAGUUCUAGGCUGCAUAAAUAGAGGGAUAGAAUCAAGAUCAUGUGAAGUGUUAAUAC